UUGUUUCUUUCAGACAUGCUUCUCAUUACCACCAACCCUUAUGAUUUCCACUUUGUGAGUCAAGGUGAAAUCACUGUUCCCAGUAUUGAUGACCAGGAGGAACUGAUGGCUACAGAUAGUGCUAUUGACAUCCUGGGAUUCAGUGCUGAUGAAAAGAUGGCCAUCUACAAGCUGACAGGGGCUGUCAUGCACUAUGGGAACUUGAAGUUCAAGCAGAAACAACGAGAAGAGCAGGCAGAGCCUGAUGGCACAGAAGUUGCUGACAAGACUGCCUACCUGAUGGGCCUGAACUCAGCUGACUUGCUCAAGGCACUGUGCUACCCCAGAGUCAAGGUGGGGAAUGAAUAUGUGACCAAAGGUCAAACUGUGCAGCAGGUGAACAAUUCAGUGGGUGCUCUAGCAAAGGCUGUGUAUGAGAAGAUGUUCUUGUGGAUGGUUGUUCGUAUUAACCAACAGCUGGAUACCAAGCAGCCCAGACAGUACUUCAUUGGUGUGCUGGACAUUGCUGGCUUUGAGAUCUUUGAUUACAAUAGCUUUGAACAGUUGUGCAUCAACUUCACCAAUGAGAAACUGCAACAGUUCUUCAACCACCACAUGUUCGUGCUGGAGCAGGAGGAGUACAAGAAGGAAGGAAUUGAAUGGACAUUCAUUGAUUUUGGGAUGGACCUGGCUGCCUGCAUUGAGCUCAUUGAGAAGCCCAUGGGCAUCUUCUCCAUCCUGGAAGAGGAGUGCAUGUUCCCCAAGGCAACUGACGCCUCUUUCAAGAACAAGCUCUAUGACCAGCAUCUGGGCAAGUCCAACAACUUCCAGAAACCCAAGCCUGCCAAAGGCAAGGCUGAGGCCCACUUCUCCCUGGUGCACUAUGCUGGAACAGUGGAUUACAACAUCACUGGAUGGCUGGAGAAGAACAAGGACCCUCUGAAUGAAACUGUCAUUGGGUUGUAUCAGAAAUCAUCUGUGAAGACACUGGCCUUACUCUUUGCCAGCUAUGGUGGAGCAGAUGCAGAGGCUGGUGGUAGCAAAAAGGGUGGCAAGAAGAAGGGUUCUUCUUUCCAGACAGUCUCAGCUCUCUUCAGGGAGAACUUAAACAAGCUGAUGACCAACCUACGGAGCACUCACCCCCAUUUUGUCCGUUGCAUCAUCCCAAAUGAAACAAAAACACCUGGUGCAAUGGAACAUGAACUGGUACUUCACCAGCUGCGCUGUAACGGUGUGCUGGAAGGGAUCAGAAUUUGCAGGAAAGGUUUCCCCAGCAGAGUUCUCUAUGCUGACUUCAAACAGAGAUACAAGGUGCUUAAUGCCAGUGCUAUCCCAGAGGGACAGUUCAUUGAUAGUAAGAAGGCUUCUGAGAAGCUUCUUGGGUCAAUUGAUGUGGACCACUCCCAGUACAAAUUUGGUCACACCAAGGUGUUCUUCAAAGCUGGGCUGCUGGGACUCCUGGAGGAAAUGCGGGAUGAGAAGCUGGCCCAGCUCAUCACCCGCACACAAGCAAGGUGCAGAGGCUUCCUGAUGAGAGUGGAGUACCAGAGAAUGGUGGAGAGGAGGGAGUCCAUUUACUGCAUCCAGUACAACAUUCGUGCAUUCAUGAAUGUCAAGCACUGGCCCUGGAUGAAGCUGUUCUUCAAGAUCAAGCCCUUGCUGAAGAGUGCUGAAUCUGAGAAGGAAAUGGCCAAUAUGAAACAAGAGUUUGAGAAAACUAAGGAAGAGCUUACAAAGUCUGAGGCCAAGAGGAAGGAGCUGGAGGAGAAAAUGGUGGUCCUGCUGCAGGAGAAAAAUGACCUGCAGCUCCAAGUGCAGGCGGAAGCAGAUAGCUUGGCUGAUGCUGAAGAAAGAUGUGACCAGCUCAUCAAAACUAAAAUCCAGCUAGAAGCCAAAGUUAAAGAGGUGACUGAAAGGGCUGAGGAUGAGGAGGAAAUUAAUGCUGAGCUGACAGCCAAGAAGAGGAAACUGGAGGAUGAAUGUUCAGAGCUGAAGAAAGAUAUUGAUGACCUUGAGUUGACAUUAGCCAAGGUUGAGAAGGAAAAACAUGCAACUGAAAACAAGGUGAAAAACCUCACAGAGGAGAUGGCAGCCCUGGAUGAGACCAUUGUGAAGCUGGCAAAGGAGAAGAAAGCCCUCCAAGAGGCCCAUCAGCAGACGCUAGAUGACCUGCAAGCAGAGGAGGACAAAGUCAAUACUCUGACCAAAGCAAAGAGCAAGCUGGAGCAGCAAGUGGAUGAUCUGGAAGGGUCCCUGGAGCAAGAGAAGAAACUGCGCGUGGACCUCGAGAGAGCCAAGAGGAAACUGGAAGGAGACCUGAAGCUGUCCCAUGACAGCAUAAUGGACCUGGAAAAUGAUAAACAGCAGCUGGAUGAGAAACUGAAGAAGAAAGACUUUGAAAUCAGCCAGAUCCAGAGCAAAAUUGAGGAUGAGCAAGCCCUGGGCACCCAGUUACAGAAGAAGAUCAAGGAGCUGCAGGCUCGUAUUGAGGAACUGGAGGAAGAAAUCGAGGCUGAGCGAACAUCUAGGGCAAAAGCAGAGAAGCAGCGGUCUGACCUCUCCAGGGAGCUAGAGGAGAUCAGCGAGCGCCUGGAAGAAGCAGGAGGAGCUACCUCAGCUCAGAUUGAGAUGAACAAGAAGCGUGAGGCAGAAUUUCAGAAGAUGCGCCGUGACCUGGAAGAGGCCACGCUGCAGCACGAAGCCACGGCUGCCGCCCUGCGGAAGAAGCACGCGGACAGCACGGCUGAGCUUGGGGAGCAGAUUGACAACCUGCAACGGGUGAAGCAGAAGCUGGAGAAGGAGAAGAGUGAGCUGAAGAUGGAGAUUGAUGACCUGGCCAGUAACAUGGAGUCUGUCUCCAAAGCCAAGGUACAGAGCUUCUGUCAGGUUACUAGCCUAUGAUAUAUGAUGUGAUAU